AUGGAUCUGGACCAUUUCGGAGGAACCUUCGGAGGAAAUCGCAAGCCCACCCCGUUCAUGUGCCUCAUUCUCAAGAUGCUUCAGAUUCAACCCGAGAAGGAGAUCGUGGUCGAGUUUAUAAAGAACUCAGAUUACAAGUAUGUGCGGUUGCUUGGAGCGUUCUACCUGCGGCUGGUGAGCAAGCGCAUGGACGUGUACCAGUACCUGGAGCCACUCAGCUCAGACCUACUCUUUCCAUCACCCAACUCUCAUACCUGCCAUUCCCCUCCUCUCUCCCAUGCACCCCCUUCCUUUCUCCGCAGGUACGUUCGCCUGCUUGGAGCGUUUUACCUGCGGCUGGUGGGCAAGCCAAUGGAUGUGUACCAGUACCUAGAGCCGCUGUACAACGAUUAUCGGAAAGUGCGGAGAAAACUGGAGAGUGGAACCUUUGUGUUGGAGGAGUUUAUCGAGAAGCUCCUCGCACGUGGACGAGUUUAUCGAGGAGCUUCUCACACUCGACUCCAGUGUGACAUUGCUUACCCCCGCCCGUCCCUCCUUUUCCCCAUCCCCCUCCUUUCGUUCCCCUCUCCCCCCAUCCGUGCACUACCCCACACCUCCAGUGUUAGUGUUGUCGCAUGUGGACGAGUUCAUAGAGGAGCUUUCUCACGCUCGACUCCAGCUGUGACAUCACCUCACCUCUCUCCCCAAUCGCCCCCCCCACUCGUUCCCUCCACUCCUCCCCCCCACUCGUACCCCCCACUCGUCCCCCCCACUCGUCCCCCCCACUCCCCCUUUACUGUGCACUACCCCACACUUCCAGUGUUUGUGUUGUCGCACGUGGACGAGUUCAUACAGGAGCUUCUCACGCUCGACUCCAGCUGCGACAUCACCUCACCUCCCUGCUCCCCCAUCACCGCCCGCUCGCCCCCUUCCACCCUUUAUUUCCCCCUAGUGUUUGUGUUGUCGCAUGUGGGACGAGUUCAUAGAGGAGCUUCUCACGCUCGACUCCAGCUGCGACAUCGCAUUGCCUCGCAUACCUCGCAGGUAUGA